GAACGAUCAGCCGUGUUUGACAGCAAAGCCCUGUCUCGACACCGACGGUCGCCAUGUUGCACAUCGCUUGCGCUUGGAUCCUGGCGGUACUGGCACUGGAACAUGCAAGAGGAGAAGAUGAGAGUUGCGAGGAGUGUGAGGAGUCGCUGUCGCUGCGACAACUGCGGAGCCAACGUCAGGCCCAGGCCUGGAGCUUCGAGAAGCCCGACCCCGAGCUGUUGCUCUGGGAUCGCGUGGUGAACGCCACCAUCGGCGCGGUGGAACGCGUGGUCUACAACGGUUGGCUGAAGGUGCCACUGGUCCAUGAUCCGGCGCUCUUGGACUUCGAAGAGCCUCCCUACCUAUGUCUUCGCGUGCGUGGUCUUAAAGCCCUGAAGCAACCAGCGGCGAAUGGUCCACUGCUCAUGCACUGCGGAGGUCCUGGCAGUGGCCGGGACUGCGCGCAAAGGAUGACCGAGCUCAAUCUCGACAUCGAUGGGCGGCACCAGCUCAUCGCCAGCUACGAUGUCCUGGCCAUCGACCAGCGGGGCGUCAACACCAGCCACGAUGCCAACGAGACCCAAGGAGGCUGGGGAGAAGUACCGGCUUGCCCUUUCAGUUGGUCAGGGCAUCCGGUGCAGCGCUUUCCAACCAUUUACUGCGAUGAGACCAAGAAGUAUUUGGAUGGAUCUAAGGAGCUUCAGCAGGAGUUGAUGGAGAUGCUGAUGCCCUUGGACAACCAGACCGCUGUCCAAGACGCAUGGGAGAGCUAUGUCCUACCCACCUGGCGUGGCGACACCGCCUUUUCAACGAACGAGAUCGACGUGCGCUGGUUCUAUCGCAUGGUGAAGCUGGAGCACGGCCUCUGCUACGAGGCGGAACGGUACAAGAUGAAGGCGCCCAAUGGCAGGGUCUACAACGCCUUGCAAUUCGCCGGAACGGUGGACUUGGCCCAUGACAUGGACCUGCUGCGCCGGGCGCUGGGUGCCCCGAAGCUCUCGGUCUACGGCGCGUCCUACGGCACCGCGGUGAGCGCCACCUACGCCACGAUCUUUCCCGAGCGGAGCCACCGCCUGGUCAUGGACGGGGUUCUGAAUCCCUUUCCUGACACCGAAGCCCGGGGCAUUAGCUUCUCCAAAGGCAUCCAGGCGGUCUGGGAUGGCUUGGAGGAAGACUGCGAACGCUCCUUGCGUUUGUUUCCCCACGGCUCGCCCGAGCGGUGCCCGGCUGCACCUGGGGCAUCGGUGAAGGUGCAGGAGGUCUUGAAGGGAUCCAAUCAAACUCUGGCUUUCCAGUUGCGGCAGCUCAUGCUGAUCGCCGCCACGCAUGCGGAGGAUGUGGGCCCAGUGGCUAUGGCUUGUAUCCAGCAAUUCCAUUCGGGCCGCCAGGUACCUGGGUGCGACCAAAUAUUGCCCCAACUGGGCAUCAGUGCGGGCAACGAUACGGAUCACUUUGGCCUUAGCAUGCAGGCCCUGGUGAUGGCGACCGACUCCUCGGGGCGUCUCAAUGAGGAGGAGUUCAUCGUUUGGUGGCGCAAGGCCUCCGCCUCUUCGUUGCGACGAACGGCACGUCCAUCCGAUGUGACCGGUCGGACUGAUGAGAGCUAUCCCAUUGGCAUUCUAUGGUCCAUCAAUUGGAUGGUCGCCAUGAGCACUUGGCCCAGCUACUCACGCCCAGUACCUCCCGCCGGUGCCUCCGGAGUGCCGGCCGUCAUCAUUGGCAACCUUCAUGAUCCUCAAACUGCUUUCGAGAGCGCACAGCUCUUGAGAAGGAGCUUCCCGGAGGGUUACUUGGUGACCUGGCAGGGCUAUGGGCAUUGCUUCAAGGUCUACCAGCACGGCUCUGAGCUGCUGAAGGAGUACAACCGAUCCAAAGCGAUGGGAGCUCUACCAGCCUACACCAAUGGAGUGGGGAAGUAUGCCUGCAUGUCGAAGGUCUUAAGCUACCUGCAGACAGGACACGGCUUGGUCGAUGGCCACACCUGCCUAGUCAGUGAACCACUUCGCUUGGGCCGUGCUGCCGUGGAGGAUGCCACGAUGUGAGACGGAGCGGAGAGAGCGGCGGAGAGAGCGGCAGAGCAGGCGGAGCGGAAAGGCCUAAGAAGGAGGCCUGCAAUACCCAAAAGCUGUAAGAGUCCCUGCCAAUACCUCAGGGGCAAUCCCACACAAUGCCUUUUCGUCCGUGCCCCGACUGAG